UGAUAUUGGAAUCCUCGUCAUGGUCCGACAUUAGUUAGAAUCAUUCUUCAGAGUGGUUUUCUUUUUUGAUAGUUUGCUAUAAACAUAGUUUUUCGCUAAUCGAAAGUUAGUUCCCAAGUUGCGAUGCGGCCAUGUUGUUCCGCCCUUGUUCUAGCAAUUGCACAUCAGAUUGCAUCCAUUCCUACGACUUGCCAAUCGCAGAAUUUCAAGAACCUGGGGAGAGAUUUGGAGAAAGGUUCUGCUUUAGAGAACCUUUUCUUCAAGGCCAAUCAAGGAACAUGGACUUUUUCUCCCCGUGAAGAUGUGCUAAAGAUGGAAAAGAAAAGGCGUUUAUUCCCUUUCAAAUUCAUCCACAAGAAGGGAAUAAAUCUACUCAAAUUCAUUUUCUUUUUAAAAACUUUCUCAUCAGAACGAUAUGCUAUACAUGUUACGGUGGAGCAAGAGGGAGUUUUGCGGUAUAUGGUAGAGAAGAUGGGAGAAGAGUUGUCCCGAGAAGAUGGCACAGAGAGAGAGAUCAUCAUAACUGGAGAGGAUUCCCAACCAGAGAGAGAAUCAGAAGCCAAACAAGAAGAGGGCCAUCCACAUGAGCACCAGUCCAUUUUGGGCACGACUGAUGUUCCACCACCAAUUCAUGAUCAGCUCUCUGCUGGUGUAUUCUUGAGCAAUAGGACCAUGAAACACUGGGUGGAAAAGGAAUCGAAGAAAAAUUGCUUCAUGAUAUAUGCACGAGGCCUCUCCAUCACAUGGGCUAAGAACAACUCUUACUGGCAAUGGUUGACCCAGAAGGAUGCACCCAGCUGAAAAAGCACAAAUAAAUUUCACCAAUACUAAUGAACUCACGUCGUUUCAUGCUCCGCUUAAUCACGUGAAAAGUUUCGCAGUGACGACACCUCAAUGGAAAUGGCUGAACUCGUCAACGUGUGCUGGCUGGAUGUGCAUGGUAGGUUCGACGUGUCGAAGCUAUCCCUGGGGAUGACAUACGAGGUAGCCUUCAUGAUCUUGAUGAGAUCAUCGGGCUAUGGAUGGCAAAUUCCGGUGAACAUCCGGUUGACAUUGCCGGACGGGAUCAAGCAAGAGCACAAGGAGAAUCUUAUGGAGAAGCCGAGGGGGGAUUGGAUAGAGAUCAAAGUAGGAGAACUAAGCACAUCAAAGCAUAAGGAGGGAGAGAUGGAGGUGUACAUGUUUGAGCAUGGUGGGCAUUGGAAGAGUGGGCUUGUCCUCAAAGGAGUUCUCAUUAGACCCAAGAAUUAAUUAAGUUAAUCAAUCAACUUAUAAGAUUAUGUAGAAGUGCUUUUUCUAGUGUAGAUUUCUUAUGUUCAUCUCAUUAAUAAUAAGUGGUCUCUUUGGGUUAAA